AUGUCGUUCAUUGCACCACAGCGUCUGGACCCCGGCAGUUCCUUUCCCAUCCUCACUCUCCUUCACUUGACGUCCUACUUGGACGCCGAGAUGAACAACCUCGUAGACUACCUAUCGGCCUUUUGGUUAGUCACCGAUGAACCCAAUGCUACUUCGACCAGGGGCAAGCACACUACCGACACACUAAUACAACUGCGGUACGGCGUAGCCAUGAGCAGCUAA